AUGAUGAUCAAUACGGGCGCUGCAAUUUCUGCUAAAAUGGUCAGAUCAGGAUUUGGGAUCAUUGCAAGGAACUGGAGUGGAGUGUUAGUGAGAGCGAAGGGAAUCACUGAGAGGAGGAAAGGAGAAGCAGCCACUGAGGAAGCUCUAGCAAUCAGAGGGGCGCUAGAAAUGACUCAAGUUGCAGGAUGGACAAACAUAGAAGUCCAAUCUGAUUGCAAGUAUGUUGUGAGCCUCAUCAACACGGACAAUGUUCAGGAAUGUAGACUUCAAACAAUCCUGGAAGACAUUGUUGUCCUGAAGAGAAGAUUUGAAAGUUGCGUUUUCACUUUUGUUCCUAGAUCUGCUAAUAGCUGUAGUCACGAAUUGGCUCAAUUCGCAGCAAUGGCAACUAGAAACUUUGAAUGGGAAGGUUCAUUCCCAACUUGGCUUUCAACGUUAGCUAGAAAAGAUAUGGGGGUAGUUACCCCUUUUUGUAAUUAG